CUCAAAGCAAACAAAUAGACGGACGAAGCUUUGAUUGACAUUUCAAUUAAAUUACAGCCCAACUCGCUGUCGCUGGCGGGAAUGUUUCGAGUGCAGAAAGUUUUGCUCGCCGAAUACGAGGAGAUCUACGAGCCGGUGCUGGUGGAGAAUCCCUUCACGCUGGUGGACAUCAAGGGCGUGGGACUGCGCCAGUACCAUAUAGGCCUCACCUGCAACCGCCUGAUCUUCGGCUGCGACAACUUUGCCAAGUGCGGCGAUGAGCCGGGCUUUCUGAGCCGCGGCCUGGAUCCGGAGAUCGAGAGCUUCGAGCUGGUCAGCAUGCUGCCGCUGCAGCUCAUCCGGUUCCACUUCUUCCGCAAGGCAACGCGCUGCCUCAUGAUGCUGAACAUUGUCGAGCCGCCGGGCGAACCUCUCACCAUUCUGGAGCAACCGAUGAUCUUCGAGUUCGGCGGCUUUCUCUUCAAGCAGCACUUCUGGCAUACGUGGCGCGAGCGGGUGGCCACCAUUCGAGUGAUGCAGCCGCUCUACGGCCAUAUAACCGGCGCCUCGCCCUUCUCCAGCACCGACGUCCAGCUGGACGAGGAGACCAUAGCGGUCCAGGUGCAUCCGUCGCCCAGAUCCCCUUCCUACUACAGUGCCUGCCAUGCGGGAGCAGGCGAUUUUGGUUAGCCAUUCUCGAGCGGAUUUCGAGCCACUUUCCAUUUUCUAUUAACAGAUUGCGCCUCUAGGUUCGAUUUGCCUGCUAGGCAUUUCCAUUCAGUCAGCCGCCGCCUGUUUAUUUAUUUAUAUUAAAAGCAGGACGCUCUUUCCACCUUAAGAACAGCUAUUUUUGGUUAGUUAGAAGUAGCUUUCGAUGCCCGGAGCGAAAAGCAGAGCCUACGAGAAAAGGUCCUUGAACACACUUAAGGGCUCGAAAGGCGGCUUGUUUUGUUAAGACGAUUAAAAUCUGUUAAUAACCUGAAACUUUAUAAACUGUAUUCCAUUUCUAUGCGCUUCUUGCUUGUUAAUCAAUACGAAAAUUUUAAUUAAAUAAAUAUGCAAAUACAUGAAUU